ACCGACUCACCGGGGCAUUUGUUGGCUUGGGGACCUGAGAGCGGUGGCUCCUAAACUGCAUUUCUUUGGAUUUUCUUUGGCUUCCUCCAGAGACUCUUCAGUUGCCCUCCUGCCUUGCGGUAUGUCAGCCCUCUCUUCCUUCCCCACAGCCUCAGCUGGGGUGUCCUCCUUUUGCCAGCAGGCUUGGGACCAGGUGUUUUCCAAGGUGAAGCGGGCCGUCGUCUUCAUGGACUCUGCUUGCGCCGAAAGCCUUCACUGGACGUGCGGAGGAGCUGGGAGGCUGCUGCAAGCCGGGGCUCUCAACGUCAAAGAGUUCUCCAGCUUUGAAUCUGGUGGCACAGAGCAGCCCAAGGCGGUGUUUGUGGUCAGCACCCUGCUGAAAGGCAGGACCGUGGACAUCAUCCGUGACAUUGUGAGUCUCAGCAACUUCCAAUACAGUGUGGUUUUCACAGCUGUCAGCCACGCAGUGCACCUGCAGGCUCACAAUGCCUCUGGCGGGGCUGAGUCUGACAGUGGCAACCGGGUGGUUUUUGAGCAGUUUGAAGAAAAGCUUUGCCAGUGGAUGGGUAACAUGAACUACACUGCAGAAGUGCAGCACGUGGCUUUGUUUCUGGUCCCCAUCUCACCCCGCCUCUUCAUAGUGCCUGCCUUCUCUUCUCUUUUUUCCCUGAUGGCUCAGGAUUUGUCUCAGAUCAACGACAGCAGACCAGAGAAGAAAAAAAUUGCUGACUUGAGCCAUGUUGACUUUUCCUCUCUGUCUGUAGAGCUGCAGCUUGAGAUCAGGACAUUGGUGUCUGGUUUGAACACCUUAUUUGAGUACCUGGGGAUGCGGGAGGAAUGCUUUGCUGUGGGGCCGCUGAGCAGGAUCAUUGCAGGUGAUCUAGCAAAUUACUCCCAAGCCAAGACCAGAAGGAAAACUGCACAAAGCAGAGCCUCUGUUAUUUUUGUGGACAGGACAUUAGACUUGACAGGAGCUGUUGGUCAUCAUGGGGACAACUUAGCAGAGAAGAUUCUCUCUGUGCUUCCCAAACUUCCAGGUCAUGCAAACGAUGUGAUGGUCAACAUGGUGGAACUCACAGCCCUGCAGACUGACGAUGCGAGUUGCAGCGUUGUAGCUCCAGGCUGCUUGGCACAACCGGCCGAUCCCACUGCUAAAGCCCUGUGGGAGUCCUUAAUGAAUCUCAAGCACAAGGAAGCUGUGAUGGAGGUUAGGAGACACCUAGUGGAAGCUGCGAGCAGAGAAGAUUUGCCAAUCAAGAUGAGCAUGGGAAGAGUCACUCCUGAACAGCUCGCCUCAUUCAUCCAGCUGUUCAAAUCGAAAUCUGAAGCUGUGGAAAACCAUUCUGGACUUUUGCAGAUUGCACAAGCUACAGUGCAGACACUAAAGCACCCCCAAAAUGCUAAAUGGGACAACUUCUUAGCCUUUGAAAGGCUACUUAUGCAGAAUCUUUCAGAGUCAGCGCUGCCCGGUGUCCUGAAGCAAUUACUGCCGAUAAUCAAGUCUCAUAACAGCAGGUCAGAUGAUGACUACACCCCCGAAGACCUCCUUGUGUUGCUGGUGUAUAUUUAUUCCAUAGCUGGAGAAGUUAAUACUGGGAAAGAGUUAGAUGAGGCUGAAGGAAAAGUGAAGGAGUCCCUUGUCCGUUCGAUGUGUGAUGAACCUGAGCUAUCUACCUUGCUGCAGAAAAUAACAGGUUGUGAGUCUUCGCUGGAUUUAACAUGUCAGAAGGCCACAGUUGCAGUGAACAAGAUCUUUAAAGUCCUCAGGGACAUCACAAGAGCUCGAGCAAAUAUGAAGCAGUUUAAUUCUGUACAUAUCCCAGGAAGUGAUACCCAGCAGGCUUCCUACAAACCGUUGCUGAAGCAAUUGAUGGAGGAGAUAUAUAAAACUGAUCGACCUGACCCUGUUGAUAUCGAACAUAUGUCUUCUGGGCUCACGGACCUUCUGAAAACUGGAUUCAGCAUGUUUAUGAAGGUGAGUCGCCCUCACCCUCGUGAUCAUCCCCUGCUGAUCCUCUUCAUGGUCGGGGGAGUGACGGUGUCUGAAGUGAAAGUGGUAAAGGAAGUUCUGUCGGCACACAGGCCUGGAACACAGGUAAUUGUUCUCUCCUCAACCCUCCUGACUCCAGUUAGCAUUCUCGAGUUGAUCUUUACAACAGACCAUCUACAGCCGGACAUUGGCAUCUAAAGAGCAGAGAAUCUGUCAAAGAGGAUCUUCUCGUCUGGUUUGCUGAAAAGAUUAGAAAUCCUCAUCAAGGCAUUCUUCUAAAAAUAAAAUCACCUCCGAUCUCAAUUCACUAGGGAAAUAUGGAUUGGAUAGCCAUAAAGAAAUGUAACUGGAAUGUGAUAGCACCUGAAAGUCUUGUUAUUUCAAUCUGGCAUUUACUUCUCUCUGCGGUAAUGCUGUAUUUAACUAAAGUCCUUUUAUCCUCG